ACCUCUGUCUACUUGGGGGUGGAACCACAUAGAACCUCCUUUCACAUCAGCUGCCUGCUGGGAGGUUCUGCCUGAUCUUCCUCAUAUCCUGAGUCACCUUUGGGGACUUUGGAGCUGAACACCAUGGGGACUCCAAAUGAUCAGGCAGUGUUGCAGGCCAUCUUUAACCCCAAUGCCCCAUUUGGAGAUGUUGGGUUAGAGCCGGGAAAGCAAGCAGAGAGGGAAGAAGAGGACGAAGAUGAAGUUUUCCCUCAAGCCCAGUUGGAGCAAUCCAAGGCCCUGGAGCUGCAGGGGGUGAGGGCAGCGGAAGCUGGGGACCUCCACACAGCCCUGGAGAGGUUUGGCCAAGCCAUCAACGUGCUGCCUGAGAGAGCCUCUGCUUACAACAACCGGGCCCAGGCCCGGAGGCUCCAAGGGGAUGUGGCAGGCGCCCUGGAGGACCUGGAGCGCGCCGUGGCGCUGAGCGGCGGCCGGGGUCUCGCGGCGCGUCAGAGCUUCGUGCAGCGCGGGCUCCUGGCGCGGCUGCAGGGCCGGGACGACGACGCCCGCCGGGACUUCGAGCGGGCGGCGCGGCUGGGCAGCCCGUUCGCGCGGCGCCAGCUCGUUCUGCUCAACCCCUACGCCGCGCUGUGCAACCGGAUGCUGGCCGACAUGAUGGGGCAGCUGCGCGGCCCCUGCAACGGGCGCUGAGGCUGCGGGCCCGCCGGGUGGAGACGGGAGCCGAACCCAAUAAAGCUGCCGAUCCCUGCCCUCUA